AUGGGAGGCUUUUGUGCAGGCGGAAAAAGGAGUAAAUAGAAUCCACUGUAAAUUUAGUUAAUUAAUUAAGGUUAUAUUUAUUGAAGGAAAGACCAUUAAGUACCUUAUUAGAUAUGUGGCCAUCAUCAUAUUUAUAAAUGCUUAAAUAAAAAUAUUUGGCUGUGAAUCCAAUAGAUGGAAUGGAUCAUUUAAAAUUUAGAACUUUGUUUCCAAAAUUAAAAUCAUAAAGUAAUAAGUUUAUAGGAUUAGGAAAACUCGUUGCAUGUUUUCAAAUGCUUUGAUUUUGACUAAAAUGGAAGAAUAGAUUUUAGG